AUGAGCUCUAGAAGAUAUUUCACUAGAUCUCCAAAUCAGUCGGAGCGACCCAGAGCCAGACCUCUGCCCUACUAUCCCCCCAGUCCCAGCCGCAGUUCACACAGUAGCAGUCAUAGAUAUUACAGCAGACAUCGCAGUAGUGGAGCUGUGAAUGGACACUCAAGCAGUCACUCUUCGUCACAUAGUUCCAGGAGCUGGAGUAGCAGGCCUCCGGAACCACUGGUUCAAGAAAGGCGAGAAGUGUCCAGUCUCCUAUCUCUCAAUGAGUUACCAGCAAGAGAAAAACUUUUGGUGCCUGAGGUUCUAGACGCAGAGGAAACUCAGGUUGUGGAGAAAACGAUUGAUGCGUUCAAGUCCAGAGGACACUUCGAUGAUUUUAGGAAGGAGUUUUUAGAUGGAAUCGAAAAAUUACCCAGCUACAAGAGCUUGAGAUACAAAGUGAUGUCAACUGUUUCGAAAUACAUUGCGAGACAAGGUCCCUUCCACCCUGGAAUGCGCAAGAACAAAAUGCGCGAUGGGCUCAAAGAUGAACUCAAUAGGGAAUACAAUGGACUGUCUUCAUGGAUCAAUGACUUAGUCGACGACCUGAUCGGACCGAACGUAGAGCGCCGCAUACGAUCAGUAGUCAAGGACACACUCGAAGAUUAUAUACCCGAUGAGAAAAUAGAAGUGGCAUCUUUCUUGAACCAAGACAACCAGGAGCACCUUGCUAUGGGUAUCCCGAUGACGUCUGGAAAUGCGAGUCACAGACCAGAAAGAUUGCCAACGCCUCCGCCACUGGAAAAGUAUUACUCAGAACAACUGACAAUGGCUAAGCUUGAGAGGGAACGACAAGAAGCAGCUAGAGCUCCAGAAAUGGCUUUAACGAGUGGUGAUGCUGGAAAUUAUGGACAGUUCGAAGAUGGGGGUCCUGCGUCUCCGGUGGCGCCGGUUCCCGUCGACGAAGACACGGGAGAUGAAAAUGAAAACAAGACUUCUGCUGUGCUGCCGCAAUUAUUGUUCAACCAAUUGGCUCAUUUUUCCAUGUACCCUCAAGAUGCGCCACCUGAGCUGAGAGAAGCAUUGCUGAACAGCCAGGCUGCCAAUAUGCCCCCUGUAUCUUCAGCCCAGAUUGGGGAUAUCUCGGUGAUGGUGGAUGAGUCCCCAACUGGCGUAGAGGACAUUAUAUCGCCAGAAAUGAUGGAUAUUGAGGAUGGUCAUUCGCCAGAUCCCACUGCAAACACUGAAAUAUGGUCUGCCGAUGAAAGUGUGACUACGGCAGAUUCAGUUGACAACGAUAACCGAGUCAGCACUGAUCUAGCAUCGUUGACUCCAUCUCGCUCUAGUUCAAAUCAAGCUAACCCUUCUGACGAUGCGAAUCAAUUAGUCCCUGGAAGCGCAAAGAACCCUUCCCAAGGCAGGUCAACUCUGGGGUCUCUUCUGCUUGAAAAGAGGAAACUUAAGAUGAGGUCAGCAGUUGUCAGCAAGCCAACACCAAUCAGAAAGCAAUCGAACUCAGACAUCGAAUCGAUUUCGUCAGAGAGCGACUUCGACUCAACGAGUAGUAGUAGCAGUGGAAGUAGCAGCAGCGAUGAAGAAAGAUUAAUUCCAAACAUGGACACAAUUACUAGGCACCAGAAGCUCAGUAGCAGUGCGGCAGUCUCUCCAAAUAAACUCCGGACACCGGGAUCAAUUGGGGAUUCCUUCGGUUCCUCCCGAGAGUCGAGAAGAGACAGUCGAGGGAGUCCGCAUCAUUCGAGAGAAUCAGAUCGAGAACAUGUGUCGAGGUAUGGUAGAAAAGGAAGACAACCGAGCCGAUACUCUCCAGAUUCCGAGAAAAAGAAGUCCACUCCAAUGUCGGAAUCUCCCUCAAAACGAGACCGAUCCACACCAAAAAAGCAUUCCAAGUCCACUCCAAAGCGUUUCUAUCCCGGAAACUCACCAAGUAUGCUAUUGAAGAGAAAACGAAGUCCUUCGCCGCCGAAAGAAGAUGUAGUUUCCCCGAAAAAGAAGGAGAAAGCGCCACCCAUAGAAGACGAGAGACCCGAAAGCAGGCAAAUGACUCCCCCCGUAGAAAAAACUCGCGAUGAAGUAUCAUCGACUAUUGAACGGGUUAGGGUUUCUUCUUCGAGAAGUGAGGCGAAGUCGAGAACGACCGAAGAACGAUCUAGAAAGAAAGAUAUGCCACAAGUCCAUUUGUCCAGUAGACGAAGUCGAAGAGAAACUACUCCCUCGGUUGACACGAAUAGAAGCGAUGCAGAAUCAAGUGGAUCUCGAUCAAGAGUAGAAAGAGAUUCUCAAUCGGAAAAACGAAGUGCUUCUCGGAAUUUUAGUGAUCAUUCCGACCGGGACAAUGAUCGAAAAAGUUCGAGAAAAUACGAAAGGCGACAAGAAAAGGAAGAUGUAUCUCGCAACAUGGACGAAAGAGACAAAGAAACAAAACUCAAACCUAUCAGCGUCGCAGAAAGCUCAAAGGGCUCCUCACCUAUUGAUAAGAAACAAUCGAGUUCUGAUGAACGUCCUGUAGAUAAAGAGGCUAAAGAAACCACAGAGGAGAUGAAAGAGUCCGCUGAAAUUACAGUGAGUGUUACAAAGGAAGAACUCGAAGUAAAAGACGAACCUACUGCGAGUCCUAAAAAGGAGAAAGUUCGAACGGAAAACGAGGAAGUAGAAGAAGGUGAAAUAACCGACGAUGAAGAAGAUGAACAAACUGAGAACCCCAACGAUCAAGAAAUUGCUCCAUCAGUUGUGCAAUCAAAGUCUUUCGAUAGAGAGACAUCGCCUCCAUUAAGAGCUACUAAACUUCAUCCACAUAUAUCGGCCAGUCGAUCCGAUAAAUUGAUUGAGUUCCCACCGGCACCUCCGCCUUUACCACCGCUCAGAAAAAAGAAGUCGAAGCGAAAACGAAAUGUAUCGACCAGCUCUGAAUCGGAUGAAAGUAGUGACGAUAGUCUAAUGGAACGCUUGGCUAAGAAGGACAUCAAAAAUAGGACGAAUAGAGUCGUCCCUCCGACCAUGCCGCCGUUUCAGACUGAGUUCGUUGUCGGAGAUCAGUUUGCCCGAACACCCUUCAGAGGCCCGGGACCGGUUGAGGAUCCCUAUAUCCCGAAGAGUUUUGUGGUUGACGAGUCGUUGAGAGAGGACAGAAAAAGAGCAGCUCCAAUGUCGAGUAAAAUUGUGGUCGAGAAAGAUUUGACUAAGCAGCGGUUGCCACAUACAUCAGUUCGCAAUAAAGACUCAUGGAGAGCUUUAUCGCCUGAAUUCCACGAAAAAGGAACUUUGUCGCCACCGCCGAUGUUGUAUGACAAAACGUUGCCGAAGGUCAGACUUUUGUCGGGCAAUGAGAAGAAAAAGUCGCCACGUCACUCGAAGUCGAAACAACAUCACGAAUUACCUCCGCCUCCCCCUCUGACUAGAAAAGUCCCGUAUCCUCCUCCGCCGAUGGCCUCAUUAGCCGACGAUGCUUCAACAGACAGUGCCGCAUCAAGCAGAAGUGGAAGCUCAGAUGAGUCUUCUAGUAGCUCUAGCUCGGCUGAAAAGAAACUAAGAGCCAAGAAGCUGAAAUCGAGGCACCAGAAUAAAGUGGCCAAAGCAACGGCAGUAUCGAAUGAACGUCAUCGUAAAAUUUCAUAUCAUCUGGGAUCGGAGUCGAAGUCUUCGCGGUCUCAUGGGAGUAGAAGUUACCCUGCCUCUAGAAAAAUAGAAGAUCAGAAUUGGUCAGGCAAUGAUUAUAAGUCAAGUUAUGGUGACAGAUCAGACGAAGAACAAUCGUCUCAAGCAUCGAGCGACGAUGUCUUGAUAAGUAACAGUCACACACCUCCAAGAUGCAGAUAGGAAGGAUUACAUUUCAAAAUUACACUUUAGAUUAUAGACCUAUAAACUAUUAUUGAGUAAAUGUUGACCUCUUAAAUCAGAAUAUAUUAUUUAGUCUUUGUUCCUU